AUGCCAGAAUCAAAGCUGGCUCGCUUGACAGAGGAUGACUUGGAACUGGAGACCGGUACGGACAGGAGUGAAUACUUCUUCGACAGAAAUCCUGUUUUCUUCAAUAUCAUACUGGAUGCAUACAGAAAAGGUUUUGUCCAUCUACCGAAGGACAUAUGUGGGUUGGAUUUUAAGAAGGAGCUGGAUUUUUGGGAGAUUUCUCCGGGCCAUGUUGCCCCGUGCUGCUGGGAAGCCUACUACAGGGGCCAGUCAGAAGAAGAUACAAUGACACGCCUGAUGGACAACUACAAGAACAACACAAACGUCUGUCUGAUGCUAGGGCAACGGGAAAGUUUUAAAGAGAGACUUUGGCUUUUCUUGGACGAGCCACACUCGUCGAGACAUGCGUUUGUAGGUUGA